GGAAGGACUUUCUUGGUGGGAGCAGGGGCUGGGAGCGGUGGUCCUCACGGUCCCGUCCGGCCCGAGGUGCCCCCCGCGCGGUGUCACCGGCCGCUCGUUCCUCGCCGCGUCCGCUGAAGCGCAGCCUUCGGCGCCCGGGCCCGUGUGCAGCGCGGCUGAGGGCGAGCGCAACGGGCAGUGGAAUUAUUCUCAAUAAUAAAAUUGAUGCUUGCUUCACUCCUGAUAUUUUCCUGUAUGGAAAAAGUCCUCCUCUGUUAUUCAUCGUCUCACUUGCUUUUGCAGGAAAUGAGUUGAUUGUCUUUUUGGCUGACCAAAAGGAACCCUACUUUAAGCCUCGUGUUAGGUUACCAAUGAAAUCGCUUGGCGUUACCAUAACCAGUGUAGUUCCUGGAGAUUAUGAUGGUGACUCACAAAUGGAUGUCCUCCUGACUACUCAGGCACAAAAUCAUGGCAGAGAUGAACUUUCAGUGAUUAUUUUCUGGGGGCACAACCAAACCUUAGAUCUUUACCAUAAAACUAUGCUAAAUAAGACUUUUCAUGAUGAGCCUCUAGUAAUGGACUUUAAUGGAGACUUGAUUCCUGACGUCUUUGGUGUCACAAGUGAUUCAAGUAAGCCCCAGAUAUUGAUAGGCGGGAACCUAUCAUGGCAUGCUGCAUUGGAAACUCAGAGUAAAAUGUAUAUACCACAUUCUCAUGCUUUUAUAGAUUUAAAUAAUGACUUCACUGCUGAUUUGUUCCUUACUACAUCACCAGAUUCACAAAACAUUCACUUUGAGACAUGGGUAAAUAAGGAUGGGAACUUCUCUAAAGCUGGAAAAAGUAAGGAAAUGCCUAGUGGGGUGAAAGUUGUUGGACAGUCUGUGUUUGCAGAUUUUGAUGGAGAUGGACAAAGUGAACAUUUAUUGCCAGUCUGUGAAGAUACAGAAUGUCAAAAAAGUGCCAUCUACUUAACUAAGCUGGGAUUGGAUCAGUGGAUUCCAGUCUUGCAAGACUUCAGAAAUAAAGACACACUCUGGGGCUUUGUACCCUAUCAAAAUGACAAAUCUUCAACAGAAGUUUCAUUUCCAAUUACACUUCAUAUUGGAGACUACAAUAUGGAUGGCUACCCAGAUGCUCUUGCUAUACUAAAGAACACAUCCGGAAGCAAUCAACAAGCAUUUUUACUGGAAAACGUCCCAUGCAAUAACGUAAGCUGCAAGAGCGUGCGUCGUAUGUUUAAAGUUUUUUGGGAGCUCUCGGAUCUAAAUCAAAUCAAGGAUGCAGUGGUCGCAACCUUCUUUGACAUAUACGAAGACGGAAUCUUGGAUAUCAUUGUGUUAAGCAAAGGCUACUCCAGUAAGGACUUUGCUAUCCAUACAUUAAAAAAUAACUUUGAAGCAGAUGCCUAUUUUGUUAAAGUUAUUGUUCUCAGUGGCCUCUGUUCUAAUGACUGUCCUCGGAAAAUAACACCUUUUGGUGUUAAUCAGCCUGGUCCUUACAUCAUGUACACUACUGUAGAUGCAAAUGGAUACCUGAAAAAUGGGUCAGCUGGACAGCUUAGCCAAUCAGCACAUUUUGCUCUGCAGUUGCCAUACAAUGUGCUAGGCUUGGGACGUAGUGCUAAUUUCCUCGACCAUUUGUAUGUUGGCAUUCCUCGUCCUUUAGGAGAAAAGUCCGUAAGAAAACAAGAAUGGACAGCUAUCAUACCAAACUCCCAGCUUAUAGUCAUCCCCUAUCCUCAUAAUGUUCCUCGAAGCUGGAGUGCCAAGCUGUAUCUGACCCCAAGUAACAUUGUGCUGCUAACAGCUAUAGCCUUAAUUGGUGUCUGCGUUUUCAUCCUGGCAAUAAUUGGAAUAUUACACUGGCAAGAAAAGAAAGCUGAUGACAGAGAGAAGCGACAGGAGGCUCAUCGGUUCCAUUUUGAUGCUAUGUGACAUGCCUUAAUAUUUAUGAAGGAGCUGCUACUCAUUUGCUUAAUUGAAAUACUAAAUUCUGAUUUGUAAAAAUGAUUACCGUGAAAAUACUGCUGGUGUGUUAUUUGUAAAUGUUGUGUUAUUUGGUAUUUAUUUGGAAAGUAUUAAAAUUAGACCUGAAUGUUUCACAAGGCUUUUCAGUUAAUAGACUGUAUAUAAUGGCAUUUGGUCUUUGUUUAACAGAACUGUAAAUUUAUUUUUCUUAGUAAAGGGAUCAUAUUGCAUGUACCAUUGUUUACAAACCACCCAUCUUAGUAAUAUUUGAUAGAAAGAAAGCUGUGUAAAUAAAAUUUAGCAUUUCAGCGAGCGGAGUACUUUGUGCCACAUGAAUUGGCCUUGUCAUUUAUACGUUCCUGCAAAACAACCUACAUUUCUGAAAAUUAAGCUUGAGCAAUUUCUCAGAUUAGUUGAUCAUUAAUUAUUUUGAUUGUACUAAAUGGAGCUCA